AUGUUUCGCGAAGCGCUGCUGGCUGGAACGAUGGAGAGCUACUUCUUCCUGGCUGAGCAGUUCCGGACGCAAGAUGAGCCGACUUUUUGUGGGUUGACCACUCUGGCAAUGGUUCUCAACUCCCUGCACAUCGACCCCAUGCGAACCUGGAAGGGAGCCUGGCGUUGGUUCAACGAGCAAAAUCUUGCAUGCUGUACAGGACCCGAGCGGGUCCGAGCUGAAGGACUGUCAUUUGACAUGUUCCGAUCUCUCGCUGCCUGCAAUGGUGCGGAGGUCCAGGCCUGCCGUGCGCCCCACGCAGCGGGCGAGGCUGCAGCCUUUGCUGCGGCAUUCCGCGAAGCUGCUCGCAGCAUCAGUCAGAGCUCCGAGCGCCAAUGUCUCGUGGUUUGCUAUUCCCGUGAGUUUCUGGGCCAGAGUGGUGCGGGCCACUUCUCUCCGGUGGGUGGAUACCAUGAAGAAAGCGAGUCGGUGCUGGUGAUGGAUGUUGCCAGAUUCAAGUAUCCGCCCCACUGGGUGCCAUUGGAGGAUUUGGCAAGAAGUAUGCUGCAGAUCGACCACGACACGAACAAGCCACGCGGCUUUCUUCAGCUGCGACUGCCACAGCGAGUUCGGGCUGCUGGUGGUGCCGCUCCGCCGCUGCGUGCUCCUUUUGUGCCCCCAGCAGCUGGCCGACUUCUUUCCGAGGGCUUCGCCAGCAAACUGGCAGACUUGGACCUGGAGGCCUCAGGGUGCCCGCUGCCAGCAGCGGAUAAUGCCCACGUAGCCUGGGCCUUCAGAGCUUACCGUACAAAUUACAAAUCCUUUAGUUGA